AUGCAUUAUCCUCCAUUCAUUCUCUCACAAAUGGCGACAUUGCUGCCGGAGUUGAUCUUCGAGAUUCUGAGCCGAACAAGUUUGGAAACGUUGGAACAAUGCAAAUCCGUUUCAAAGGAUUGGAAACAAAUCAUUUACGACCCCACUUUUAUCCCUCUCCAUUCCCUACGAACCAACUCCCUCUUCGGCUAUUUCUUCCAAACCUUGAAAUCUUCAAAUUACCGCUCCGCCUUCGUCUCCACAGCCGCCGGAGCCAUCGAAUCCACGUGGCCCCGCUGCGACGGCGUCGAAAUCCUAGCCUCCUGCGAUCAAGGCAUUCUCAUCUGCGAGAGACAAAUCUGCUGCCGCAACAAGCGGUUCUACGCCUGCAAGCCCGCCACCGCCCAAUGGCAACCUCUCCCCAAUCCCAAACUCCGCUACCAAACCAAGGCCGUUGCCGUCGUCGUCGCCCGAUCCCAUCCCCUUCGCUACGUCAUCGUUCGAUUGUACGCGUUAGGGAGCCAGCUCCACUGCGAGAUCUUCGAUUCCGAGAGAUGGAGAUGGGAGAAGAUUAUCGAAUGCUCGCCUCCCUACGGAGAGAUUGUGAUGAAUGGCUCGCCCUCUGUCACCACCGCAGGCCGAUUCGUGCACUGGCUUACAUUGAACGACAGCGUGCUGACGCUGGACGUGGAGAAGAGGCGUUUUCGAUGCUCUGCGCUGCCAGGAUGCCUUCCUAAGAGUAGAUGGACGUGGCCGAGGUUGGUGGAAUAUGAAGGGGAAUUAGGGUUUAUGUGUCAAGUAGAGGAAAAAGAGAUGGAGGUGUGGAGCAAUGGAAAGAAGAAGGCGGUGGUGAAUAUGAGAGAUACGGGUUUGCAACACCCGGUGGCUGUGGAGUUUUGCAGUAGCAAUGUGGUUUUCAUAACAAGUAUGGAAGGAGGUGGUUUUUAUAAUUUGCAAAAUCGCAGUUUUAGUAAAGUUGAAGUACCUUACGAUCUUAGGAUUCCAUUGCAAGUGUUUCGAUUCAGAUCCGAUACACAAAUUGUUCAUCUCAAUGCCUCCCAACACCACAACAACAACAAGAUACACCUUUUUUGUAGCAUGUAA